AACAAACGUGAUACUUGUCUAAUAAGAUUGCAGAUUUCUCGGCGUCAUAUGGGUCAUUUACUUCACAAUUUCAUGAUAAAACUGGUCGCACUAAUAAUGCAUCUAAUUACAAUGUAAGAGGUUGAACGGCUGCUGACGUAUCGAAGAACUGACGCGUUGACGCUUGACUAGCACAAGCGGACAGCUGCUCUUUCUACUUCUAUCACCUCCCAUACACCCCGUUUCUCGAAACUCACAGCAAUUCAAGCUGUCACUUUAGAGAAGCACAAUUCGCGACACCGAUACGCUUGCGCACAACUUCCGGUUUCGUGGGCAUGCCUACUAGCCCUAGUGUAAAUAAUAGUUGCUUUGUUAGCUAUCCGCAAGAGACGGUCCAUUUGAAGUCCGGCUCGCGGUCGAGUAGUCAGUAAGCAGGUGGAGAGAUGCGCCGUUCACAUGUUGAGUUUACCUUCUGUUAUUGCCUUGUUGUUGCCGCUGUGACGCCGGUAUCGGAAGGCUUCCAGGAUUUGAACUGGUCUGAGGAUGAUGCAGACAAAGAUAUCGUAUUUCCCGUUCGAAUUGAACGCGAGGACGGCGUAGGGACGACAAAUCUGUGGCCAAGUGGGUUGAAAUGGGCGGGGCGAAACAGACGUGAUGCUCUCGGCGAAGCGCCGGUGGUCUAUCAACUCAGCGGGUUCGGUGUUGACUAUGAGCUGCAAAUGGCACCAAAUGAGGUGCUGUUGUCACCGUCAGCGUUUGUGCAGACGAUCGACGUGGGAAACGCUGGAAGCGAAGAGAUUUUAACAGAGGAGAUGGUCGAUGAAGGAUGUCAUUUACAUGGAUGGGUUUUUGAAGGGAGAGGCGAGAACAGUAGACAGUGGGGUCAAGCAGCAAUAAGCGUGUGCGACGGUAACAUGACCGGAGUUCUGAGGAUGCCUGGGUACGACAUGCACAUUGAAGCAGCAGAGGGAGGAAAUUCUGGUGGACGUGGGGGAGCACACGUCCUACAGCGAAGGUCGACAGGAGCAGGGACAAACGAAGAGAAACCGGAAUGUCAUGUCACCAGGGCAGAUGAUGUGGGUCAUAAUGAAUCUCGGUUUGAUCAACACCAUCGUUCAGAACGAGAUACUUUCAGUCGCACAACCAGACGAUCAGCCAGAGAUCACACUCUAUAUGUGGAAACACUUAUUGUUGUUGACAAGUAUGUAAUAAACAAACGGCGAAUGACUGAUCUACAGCUAAGGAAUUACGUUUUAUCACUGAUGAACAUAGCAAACUUGUUAUGGGCAGAUAAGGCUACUGGCUUUGAUGUCCGAUUUGUAGUAUUACGUUUGGUUCUUUUGCGAUCAACACCUAGUCAGCUCACUUUGAGCAAGAACUCUUUGCUACUGAUGAGAUCUUUUUGUGCAUGGCAGCAUCAAAUAAAUAGUCCAAAUGAGGCAUCAAAGGCACACCACGAUUAUGCUAUUCUUCUAACAGGAAAUGAACUGUGUGCUACAGGCAAUGUGGCAUGUGGAGAAUUAGGCCGGGCAUAUGUAGAGGCAAUGUGUCGACCAGAGUAUUCAUGUCAAGUAGCUUAUGACUCGGGUGUUCGAGGGGGCUUUGUUAUUGCACAUGAGGCAGGUCACAGUUUCGGGAUGUUUCAUGAUGGUGAUGGCAAUUACUGUAGUAGUUCUUCACGAGAAAUUAUGUCGCCUCAGGUGUCUGGUCAAGCAAAUUUAUACCACUGGUCUAGUUGCAGCAAGCAAUAUGUUGAAAAGUACUUGAGGAAGGAAUACAACUUCGACUGUCUAUUGGAUGAGCCUCCAACUCAUACGUUGCAGUACCCAAGCAAGUGGACAGGUGCACGGUAUGAUCUCGAUGAUCAGUGCUCUUUUCAAGUUGGGAGAAAGUCUACCUUUUGCCAAUUUUCUUGGGCAAAAAUGAAAAUUUGUCAAGCACUGUGGUGUAGUGAGGGACGAGUUUGUACAACUGUUUACAUUCCUGCUGCUGAUGGCAGCACUUGUGGCACUAACCAAGUAUGCAUCAGAGGCCAGUGUGUGCCUGAAAGUGAAAAAGAAAAUUAUACUCGUCAUGAUUCACCAGUACAUGGAAGUUGGAGUGACUGGUCUGUGUUUUCUGAGUGCUCAAGAAGCUGUGGUGGUGGCAUACAGUACCAACAACGUUACUGCACUAGUCCAAAACCCAGGAAUGGAGGUCGAGAAUGUGAAGGUCAACGAUACAGUUUGGAACUAUGCAAUAAACUGCCAUGUCCUGAUGACUCUGAAAAUGAAAGGAGAGAUUUAUGCCUAAAUAAAAAAGAUAGUGAUGGUAAUCUACUUCAACCUUUGUACAAAGAUAAUCGGCCUUGCUCCGUAUAUUGUUAUGACGUUGCUAAGAGACGACAACGUAGACAGAAAGCUGUUCUACUUGAUGGAGCAAGGUGUUACCCUAAUAAAGACUCUAAUGAUCGGUGUUUUAAAGGACGCUGUGAGAAAUUUGGGUGUGAUGACCAAUGGAAGUCGACUGUAGCUAGAGAUAAGUGUGGAGUUUGUCUGGGUACUGGUCGAUCUUGCACCGUCCAAGUGCAGACACUAAAUCAUCGUGUUUCUGGUCCUGGCUACUAUGCUGUCUGUUCUGUUCCAAAGCAUGCUCGAGACAUUGUUGUGAAGGAGGUCAGUUUCUCAAAUGAUGUCUAUCUGGCAGUGAAGUUGGAAACGCCGGACCAGUAUGUGCUAAAUGGGAAAGAGAAUGAUGGAGCUGUAUGGCAAAAUGUUAAAGCUGCUGGAACAGUGAUUGAUUACUCGCGACCCGCAUAUGGCAUUGAGAGCAUUAAGAUUGCUGGCCCAGUACAACAACGUAUAAAUGCUAUGGCAUAUUUUACCCCAUCUGGAGCUACUAUUGAGCCAAAUGUCACUUGUCAAUACUCACUUUCGUCAAAUAUUACAGAACCAAAGCACGGAUUAGUUUUGUACGUCUGGAAAAGGAAAGUAUCACCGUGCUCCAAGACGUGUCGAGGAGGCACUCAAACAGUGACGUACUACUGCCAUGUUCCUAGAUGGGGAAUGGCAGUUGAGCACCGGUUCUGUGGAGCAGCAACUCCACCAAAAAUACAAACUGUAUUAUGCAACACAGACGUUAUAUGUGACAUAGACAACAAUGAUGCACCUCCUCCUGGUCCAUCUUAUCGUUGGCGAGUUGAUGCAUGGGGUCAAUGCUCUACUACAUGUGGCAAUGGCGAACAAAAGGGUGUGCUUCAUUGUUAUGAUGACACUUCUGCUGAAGAUGUGGAAAUAUCCAGAUGCCAGGACCCUCCUCCAUCAUCUAGUCGAACAUGCAAAAUUGUUCCGUGCCCUUUGGAUGGUAGUUGGACUCAGUGGAAAUCCAGUGUUUGCACUAAGACAUGUGGCAGUGGAGUUCAGCUUGAGUCAAGAACAUGCACUAAUCCAAGUCCACAAUAUGGAGGGAAGUAUUGCUCUGGUCAGAGCAAGAGACAUCGUUGCUGCAAUACUCAGGCAUGCAAACAUUCGUAUGGCAACUUUACUGAUGAACUAACAAUGCAAUGCAGGAAGCUGUACCCAAAUUCUGUAGCUGAAUACAAGCGCAUCGAUUUGAGAGCAUGUCGUAUCAGUUGUCGGCUGGAAGAUGGAACAGUUCGUGGCAUCAAUGCAGAAAGUGGGACAAGAUGUGACCUUCGCUCUGCGAAUCGUUGUCUCAAUGGCGUUUGCUGGCUAGUUGGAUGUGACUGCUUGUACGGUUCUUCAAAAAAGCCAACAUCAUGUGGACUUUGCAGUGAUGAUUCUGCACACUGUGUCACGGUCAUGUCGAAAUACAGGAUACGGCAGGGCAUGGCAGGAUACUAUCAUGUUCUUGAUGUUCCCAAAAAUGCCUACCAGGUGCAUGUCAGAGUUCUGCGGAGAAGCAAACUUCCAACAUCAAUAAUGAUGAGAUCCUUUGGUGGUGGUGCCAAACUAAACUCAGCUGAAUUCAAGAGCACUUCAGAAUAUCGAUUUUUGUUCGGUGGUGAAGUGAGCUAUCGAUACAUUGCAGCAAGUCAGGAGGAGUCUGUGUUUUUUUAUGGCCCAACUGAAAACGAUUUUGAAAUUUUUUUGCAUGUGACUGACUUUCUACCUGAGGCCGAGUUUCCACAUGUUGAUGUGAGUUAUGUAAUCAGCAGUGCUCUGAAGGACAGAGUAGACGAGAUUACUGAACUUCAUGGUUGGACGGUUGCCAAAACUGGUUGCUCUGCUGGGUGUGGCACUGGAAGUGGUUAUGAGAAGUGGGAAGCACGAUGUGCUUUGAAGGAGACAGGAGUCUAUGUCAACUCAGAAUUAUGCUCAUUGGACUAUCGGCCUGUUAUGGUUGAAGGUCCACCAUGCAAUGCAUCAGGAAAUUGUCUUGGCAUGAUGUGGAAAGCUGCCGAUUGGAGUUCAUGUGGUGUUUCCUGUGGAUUGGGUCAGCAGAUUAGACACGUGGAUUGUGUAGCUGUUGCGACUUCCCAAAGAGUAGACUCACAUCAGUGUGAUGAGUCAUUGAAACCGUCUACUUCAAGGGAGUGUGUAAAUCCUAACUGUGUCGAACUUGUUCCUCAUGCAUCGACGCCAACAAAUCCAGUUCCUGUUGUGAAACGGCAGUUUGUGUGGCAUCCGAAACAGUGGAAAUCGUGUUCAGUAUCCUGUAAUAGAGGCGUUCAAGUACGAACGGUGAGAUGCAUUGAUAAGGCUACUAGAAAAAGCAAGAGAGCAGAUCGGUGCAAAGAACUGUCCAAGCCUAGCCAGAGAAGAGUUUGUAAUGAACGACCUUGUCCAAGACCAACUGCUGCUGCUACUACGGCUGCUAUAGUAGAAACUGUUCUCCCAACUACUAUUUUACCUCGCACAAGGAUUGUUCCAUUUUCGACAGCUCGUCCGACCUUGACAACUUUUGCAGAGUAUGCAUGGAUUACAAAAUCUUGGACUUUGUGCAGUGUGACAUGUGGCACGGGUUACCAGAAACGGAGAGUGAGGUGUGUAGAGAACGCCACAAGAACGAUCAAACAGGACUCUCUGUGUGAUGCUGAAUCAGUACCAGUUAGUUUCAAACAAUGCAGCUUGCCACCAUGUCCAUCUGCUAGUGACCAAGAGAAGUGUCAGGUGGAGCCAGGCUAUUGUCGCGCAGUGCGAGAUCACCGUCUGUGUAAUGCACCGAAUUUUAAGGGAAAAUGUUGCAGAUCAUGUUAGUAAACAUAAUAAGAGUCUAUGCUGUCUUAAUUAAAUACUAGAGAUAGAGUGCUUCAUGAAAGUAAUAAACUGAGAUAAGUAUUCACACAAAGCUGUUGGCAUUGGUUUGUAAGUGUAGUGAGAUUUACAGCAAUAUAAUUGUAUUUCUAGAUAGAAUGUAUGAAUAAAUAUUUGCAAUCAGAAGCGUUUUGCUUGUAAACAGUCUAACUAACU